AAAUAAGUUGUAAAUUGUACUUCUUACAAAGUCCGUCCUCAACUAAUUGGAUCUAAAAAGUGACUUUGUACACAAUGAAACUGAAGCGUGUUGUGUGCGUUUCAUGUCGUUACCAACUUUGGCCAAUAGGUGUCAGCAGAGUAACGCAAAUCAUCACCGGGCAGCCGACCGCCAGGCGUUGUCGCCCCCUACUGGAGUCCCGCCACGCUCGACCUGACCACAAUGACACUUUUCAAAUGGCGCCUUCCGAUGUGUCGUCUGCAGAAGCGACAAUGACUCCGCCGAGCCUCUCGCUGUCCAGACCCAAGCUCUGCUCUUUUAUGCCGGCCUGUAAUUGCUUCAGCGUGCGGCUUCCCUGCACACCGCGAGGUUGCGGAGACCCGCGGGGAUGUCCUGCGCUCUUUCCUCCCCCUGUUGGCAUUUAUGGGACGUCCUCAAGAGUGCGAUGUGCUGCUGGAUGUCCCGUAGCCACACCCUCUCACUACUGCUGUGCGUCCUCAGCCUGACUCCGGCGGCUUCAGGGGCGCGGCCAGAGACGCUGUGCGGGGCGGAGCUGGUCGACACGCUGCAGUUCGUGUGCGGAGAGAGGGGCUUUUAUUUCAGCAAGCCGACGGGCUACGGCCCCAACGCCCGGCGCUCGCGGGGCAUCGUGGACGAGUGCUGCUUCCAGAGUUGCGAGCUGCGGCGGCUGGAGAUGUACUGCGCGCCCGCCAAGACCGGCAAGGCCGCCCGCUCGGUGCGGGCCCAGCGCCACACGGACGCGCCGCGGGCCGCCAAGGCCGGCGGCGCCGGACACAAGGCCGACAAGAGCUCGGAGCGACGGGCGCCCGCCCAGACGGAUAAGACCAAAAACAAGAAGAGACCGUUACCCGCCGCCGGACACGCUCACUCAGCCUUUAAGGAAGCGCAUCCCAAAAACUCAAGUCGAGGUCACGCCGCAGGCCGAAACUACCGAAUGUAGGCGAGGGGGAGAAGGCCUCGCCCGACCUGACCCGGUCCACCCCGAACCACGUGACAAAAGGAUGGAGAGGCCAGGCCAGGCCAGGCAUUUUUUCAUUGUUUUCCACACUGCAGCGCUCCAAAUCGUGCAAACGCGAGCUAAAAUAUGCUAACUUAGCUGCUAGCAGACAAGUCAAAAGAACCAUUUCAAAUCUUUCCGCCGUUUUGCCCCUUUUUUGUUUGUUUCAUUCUGAACCAAACCCUAAAGACCAAAGUUGGGUAUUUCUUUUAUUAUUAUUUUUUAAAUCAGGACUUUUGGGUCCCGUCUUUAAACCAAACCCUGACAACUGACCGAUGGAGCAAUUCUCAAACUUUUUGGGUCCAGGACAAAAUACUUUGAGGCCAAAGCGCCAUAAACCACCAUGACAAAAAUGUUGCAAGAGCAAAAUCAGAUGUAUUGAUGAUGAUAUUAAAAAUCCGUUCGCAAUCUGUAAAAAGAAGCAAAAAGGUGUAGAAGAAACAAUGACAUUUUAAGAAUCGAGAAGAGAUUAUAGAUUAUAUUCUUACAAGAAUAAAGUCGUAUUUUUCCAAGAUGAAGUCUAAAAAAUCCAACUUUAUUCUCGUCAUAUUCAACUUUUUAUUCUGGUAAAGACUCAUUUAUUUAAAAAAAAAAAAAAAAAUAGGAUUAUAUUUUUGACCAAAACUUUGUUGUGGGGAAAAAUAGAACUUUUUUUCUGUAAUGAUGAUCUUUGUUCGGGGGGGG